UCCUCGUACUGAGCUGAUGCGGGUAAAAGGCAGUCGAAGCGCGAAGCCGAGCUCAGUGAGAAGUAGGUAGGCACGAGGGCCAGCGGCUGUUUCAGCAGCCCGGGGAAAUGAGUAGCUUCCCAUUACGUGGUUGGAGCUUCUUGCCUGACUUAUUAAGAUGUCAAAUCUUGCACAACAAACACGCUGCCUUGUUCACGACGUGAACUGUGUUAAGGCAUGGGCUGUCUGUAAUCGCACUUGAUGGGAUGGGCUAGAGCCCCGAAGAUUUGAAGUUGCUGCAGACACUGAAAACCGAGGGCGGUGUAAAGAAGAGAGGCAGGCUGAUGCUUUGGUCUUGUCGCUUGCAGGUGUUCUGCCCGAUGCAGCUGUAGCACCCUUUCAGUGCCCUCGGGCACAGUGCCUUGUGAAUCAGUACUGAGGACUGGAAAGGGAAAUUGAUUCUGCUUGAAAAGUAUUCCCAUAGGAUUCAUCUUGUUUGACACACUGCUGACUGUGGGGAGCUGGAAUGGACUCCGUGACAUGGUAUGGGUAUUGGAGAGGUGAAGCAGGAGUUUCUCCCUUUCUUGCACCCCUCCAGAAUGGUGAGCACACAUAGAAGAUUAUCAGAACUCUGUAGAAUUUGCAUUUGGUUUGAGAGCUUGUGAGUGUGCUCAUCAUGGAGAAACAGCAGAUUGUCUUGGCUAGCCGGGAUGGUGGGACUGUGUCUGGUGCAGCACCUGCUUUCUUUGUCAUCUUGAAACAACAGCAGGGAAAUGGAAAAGCUGACCAAGGAAUCCUAGUAGCAAACCGUGAUGCUUGUGCUCUUGCCAGCAGUGUAUCAACUCCAGUCAAACCCAGGGUCAAGACCUGCCUCCCAGCUGACUGUGUCUCAGGGGGCAUCACUGUCACCCUAGACAACAACAGCAUGUGGAAUGAAUUCUACCACCGCAACACAGAGAUGAUCCUGACUAAGCAGGGAAGGCGAAUGUUUCCGUACUGCCGAUACUGGAUUACAGGGCUGAAUUCCAGUCAGAAGUACAUCCUAGUCAUGGACAUAUCCCCUGUGGACAAUCACCGAUACAAAUGGAAUGGCCGUUGGUGGGAGCCCAGUGGGAAGGCAGAACCACAUGUUCUAGGGCGAGUGUUUAUUCAUCCAGAAUCCCCUUCCACUGGCCAGUUCUGGAUGCACCAGCCAGUAUCCUUCUACAAACUUAAACUUACCAACAAUACCCUGGACCAGGAGGGUCACAUAAUCCUGCAUUCUAUGCACCGAUAUCUGCCACGACUUCACUUGGUGCCUGCAAACAAAGCCACAGAAGUCAUACAGCUUAACGGCCCCGAUGUCCAUACUUUUACUUUUCCACAGACAGAAUUCUUCGCAGUUACAGCCUACCAGAACAUCCAGAUUACCCAGCUGAAAAUAGAUUACAAUCCUUUUGCUAAAGGGUUCAGAGAUGAUGGGCUGAAUAGUCGACCUCAGCGUGAUGUGAAACAGAACAGCAACUUAGCAUUGGAAGGAGGUGAUGUUUUUAGCACUCCUGGCAUUUGUGGUCGCCCUGCUGAAGUGGAUGCAUUAGAUGUGCAUCAGAGAAGUUUAGAUUCUUCAUUCAUUGGUCAAAACCCAUCAGACACUGAGCUGGAUAAAGAGUCCUUUAAUGCAGAAGGAGACUACUUGGGUCUCCUGGACAGUGACCUGCCUUCAGGUGUUAUGCCAAAGCUAAAACAAGAAAUCUCUGAAAGUCCCAUUGCUAGCAGUUAUGAAAGCAAUUCCCGUGUGGCAUCUCCGUUGGACCCAAAUGGACACUUCAAUGUAGUCAUUAAAGAAGAGCCAGUAGAUGACUAUGACUACGAGUCAAAUAUUUGCACACAAGGAAUUACUGUGAAACAGGAAGACACAGAUGAAGAAACUGAUGAAUUUUCCAACACUGACGAUGAUGAUCCUGUUGUACAGAAACACCUAAUGAGACGCCGUGAAACAGAUGGAACUGAUGGAGAAUUCAGGUCUAGGAAGCGUAUGCUAACCACUCCUUCAGGUGUUGCCAAAGCAAAAAUGUUAAAACUGGAUAGUGGUAAGAUGCCUGUGGUCUAUUUGGAACCUUGUGCAGUCACAAAGAGCACAGUGAAGAUAUCUGAGCUGCCGCAGACCAUGCUUUCUUCUUGCAAGAAGGAUAAAUCCCCUUUGAGUGCAAUUGUAGAUUCCUUGCCCGUGUGUUUCGAAAAUCACAAAGACUCUUGCUCUGGCACAGUGACUAUGCCUGAGGAGUUGGUUAUGAAGAAAGAAUCUCCUGGGAGUAAAACGUCACAGAAAUACUGUUCAAUUGGAGAGGCCCAGUGGACUCUAUCCAAAUCACCUAAUUUUAAUCUCAGGGGCUCAGUAAGUUGUGACUUUCCAGAUAAAGAGAUCUGUGGCAGAAAAAGGCCUGGCAUGCUGAAGAACCCUAUGUCCCUCAAAGGCUCUGGUAACAAUCAAAGCACUCUAUCAUCAGUUACAAAUAAAAGAGGAAGGCCCCGGAAACUGAAAAUUUCCAAGGCUGGUCGACCACCUAAAGGUGUAGGGAAAAAUGUAGUAGCAAGCAAGAACACUUCUCUGGGGCCUGGGAGUAUCCUUCCAGAUGUUAAACCGGACCUUGAAGAUGUUGACGGUGUACUUUUUGUGUCCUUUGCAUCAAAGGAAGCUCUUGAUAUUAACACUGUUGAUAGAGCUGGUGGAGAAGAGUCACAGAAUCUUCAGGCUCCCCUGUUGACUACAAGUGAUCCAGAUUGUCAAGCAAGAAUACAAGUACUGGAAAAAGAGUUGAUGGAAGAGCUGAAGACCUUGAGGCAUAAACAAGUAAUACAUCCUAGCCUUCAGGAAGUGGGACUGAAGUUGAAUUCUGUGGACCCAACAAUGAGCAUUGACUUGAAAUAUUUGGGUGUGCAACUUCCUCUUUCCUACUCAAAUUACUCUCUGUGGAGCUAUCCAGGUACCAACCCCAAUUCUCCAGAUACUGGAUUUCCUUUUGUUUCCAGGACAGGAAAAACAAAUGAUUUCACAAAAAUCAAAGGCUGGCGAGGGAAGCUUCAUGGUGCUUCUAGAAAUGAAGGUGGCAGUUCAGAAGGUUCAUUGAAGAAUCGCUCAGCGUUCUGUAGUGACAAGCUGGAUGAGUACCUGGAAAAUGAAGGGAAAUUGAUGGAAACAAGUAUGGGAUUUUCUUCUAACACUCCUGCUUCUCCUGUGGUGUAUCAGCUUCCCACUAAGAGCACUAGCUAUGUUCGAACACUUGACAGUGUUUUAAAGAAGCAGUCCACUGUAAUUCCAUCAACAUCUUACACGUUGAAGCCUGUUCCUCCAUCAUCUACCUCUAGGAAAACAAAGACUCAAACCAGACAGACAUCUGCAAACAGAGUAAGAUCUUACAAACCUAUUCUGCCUUCACCUUUUCCUGCAAAGCAGAAACAGAACUCAUCAGUGUCAGGGGAAAAGUCUUCUAAGUCUGCUAGCAGUUUGAGUAAUCAGGCAGAUGGUUUUGUGCUGCCAACUGUGGAUGAAAAUACACUUCCAAAACAGAUUAGUUUGCGUCAAGCACCACAGCAUCACCAAGCACCUCGUCCACCAGGUUUGUCUAAAUCUCAAGUGAAGUUAAUGGACUUGGAAGACUGUGCUCUUUGGGAUGGGAAACCAAGGACCUAUAUUACAGAAGAGCGAGCAGACAUCUCUUUGGCAACCCUGCUUACGGCUCAGGCGUCUCUUAAAAACAAACCUAUCCACAAGAUAAUAAGACGACGAGCACCUCCUUGCAACAACGAUUUCUGCCGACUGGGCUGCAUAUGUGCCAGUCUGGCACUGGAGAAACGUCAGCCUACCCACUGCCGCAGGCCAGACUGCAUGUUUGGGUGUACCUGCCUCAAGAGAAGGGUCUUGCUGGUGAAGGGAGGAUCAAAACAUAAGAAAAUGAUGAAGAAGGCUGUGCGUGGAAAUCUUGUGCUGUUCGGAACACAAGGACAACAGCAGGAGGAUGAAGAUGUGGAAGAAGAGGGGGAUGGGGAAGAAGAGGAGAUGAAGCAGAAGGAUAGGAAGAAGAGAAAAAGGGUGGAAUACACUAUCUGUGACUCAGAGCCAGAACAACCUGUUAGGAAUUGUCCAUUGUGGGUGAAAGUGGAAGGUGAAGUAGAUCCAGAGCCAAUUUAUGUCCCAACACCAUCUGUUAUGGAACCAGUUAAAUCUAUGGUACUGCCCAACCCAGAGGUCUUGGUUCCUAGUAAGAACAGAUCUUCCAGUGGGACAAAACCAGGCAGAGUAUACACUCCUAGACCAAAUCCAGUGAUUCGAGAGGAGGACAAGGAUCCUAUCUACAUGUACUUUGAGAGUUUAAUGACUUGUGCAAGGGUGCGAGCCUAUGAGCACAAGAGAGAGGACAAGAAGCAGCAGAAAGACAAAAGUGAUUCACAGAGUUGUAGUGUAAAGCAGGAGCAUGAACCGGAGCUUCGGUCCCUUGAGAAGGCAAUCUAUGAGGUAGAAAAAGACACUAAUAAAUCAAGAGAGAAAAGCUGGUGUUCUUCCCGUAGUGAGGGGGACUCUUUCUCCACCUCCUAUGUUCAUCACACCACUCAAGGUGAACCAACCAAACUUAUCGAGAUUAUCUCUGACUGCAACUUGGAGGAAGAUCACAAUAAGAUCUUGAGCAUCUUGUCACAGCAUACCAACAGUAACACGCCACAGUGCCUCAAAGUGGGUAGCUUCAUUAUUGAAUUGGCUUCGGAAAACAAGGCCCAGGAUGAGAACCAUCCUUCUGUCUGCUCCUCCAGAAUGAAAAUUUCAGUGCCAUCCUACCAGGACAAGGAUGAGAAGCCUGAGAUCCCUGUCUUGGAGACUCCUGAUAGCACAGUGGCGUCAUGCAAUAACUCAGAAAAUGUAAAGGUCAUGCGGGCAGACCCAGUGGACAAACUGCGGGAGAAGCUGCAUGGGGGCAAAGGCUUGCCUUUUUAUGCAGGGGUUUCUCCUGCAGGAAAGCUGGUUGUCUACAAAUGCAAAGCUAAUACGAGCCCCUCGGGCUUGAUUCAGGUUAAUGAUAAAAGGUAUCCUCAGGCCAAACUGCUUUUGGGACAGAUGGGGGCAUUACAUCCUGCCAAUCGGCUAGCAGCUUAUAUCACAGGCAGGCUGCAGCCCACAGUACUUGAUAUCGCAGCCCUCAGUACAGUGAUCUCCAAGGUAGCACCCAGUGCUAAAACUCCUGCUUCUGGGACACCAUCAGUCCAGGGGCCCACAACAUCAGCUCCUAAAACUACAUCUUCCACCAGCACUACUUCAACCCCCACUGUGACGACUCUGAAAACCCAUGUCCCAGCACAGAGAGAGAUAGCUGUUCGACCCUCACCUGGUGGUGUGUUUGCCCAGUUUGUGCUAAACAAAGCAGGAGCUCUACAGCAGAAGAUUCCCGGAGCGAGCACACGCCAGGCUGCCUCAGGGCGACAGUUUCUCAGUAUCAAGCCCACGCCAAUCACGGUUAUUGCUCCCGUGGUUUCUUCAGUGCCAUCUCCAGCUCUGUGCACAGUCUCUCCUGGGGUCACUGCAGCCACCACCACUUCUCCAGUUACUGUGGAAAGUACCAGUGUAGCAGCAUCUACUGUGACCACUCCUAGCCAGACAAAAGCUGGUGAACCUCCCUGCUCUCCUCCUGCAGUUGCAGUCACAGCUGCUCCUGCUACACCUGGAAUCAGCACCUCCACUACUCCAUCUACCACUCCUAGUGUGAACACAACAAAAACAACAGGGAUUGUCUCAACAGUAGCAGCUACAUCAUUCCCAAAAACUGUAGUAACACCACCAACUGUUACUUGUGCUGUUGUCACAACAUCCACUUCUACAGUUGUACUGACAACAGCUGCGGCAGCUACACCCGUGGUGACCACACUGACUUCCUCUGCUGUCUCUGUUCCAGUGAUACUAGCAGGAGUUAAUUCAAGUCCUCCACAGAAUCCAAAAAGAGAAGAUGCUGUUCCACAAGCUGCAAGUAAGACUCCCCCAAAGAUAGCUCCUGGAACAGACAAACGUGUUGGACCUCGAUUGCUGCUGAUUCCAGUGCACCAGACACCUUCUGCUCUGCGACCGCUGAACAGCACACAGGUGGCACAGAGGCAGAGGAUGGUCCUUCAGCCUCUCAGGAGCCCUGGGGCUGUGAACCUGUUCAGACAUCCCAAUGGGCAGAUCAUUCAGCUUGUUCCCUUGCAGCAGGUUCGAACUGCAGGUGCUCAGCCCAGCGUGCAGCCAGUGAUGCUCCGCAAUCCAGGGUCUGUUGUAGGAAUCCGGUUACCUGCACCUUCCAAGCCUCCUGAGUCACCUGUUUCUCCCACUUCCUCUGUGUCUUCCACUUCUCCUGCCUCAAAUUCGGCUGCACAGACUGCAGUACCCAAGUCAUCCCCACCAUCCAACCCAGCCACUCAAGCAUCUUCUCUUCUUCCUUCAGUAACAAGUUUUGUGUCCCAGGCAGGCACUCUGACUCUGAGGCUCUCUUCCUCUUCUGCCAGCAGUGUCACAAACCAAACAGCCUCUGAGUCUAAAAUAACCUGCAGCUCAGGUGGUCUGCCAGCCACCACAGCUAAUCUCAUACCUUUACAGUCUGGAAGUUUUGCUUUACUUCAGCUCCCAGGACAGAAGACUGUGCCAAACUCUAUUCUUCACCAUUUUGCAUCUCUUCAGAUGAAGAAGGAUUACAGGAAAAUAUGCAAGAAAGAAGACUCAGGUGCUGCUCAGCAGAAGGAGAAUGGGAAGGCUCCGUGCUCAGGUGACACAGAAGUUACAGAGUCGGAUGCCACGGUGCCAGAUGGGAAACAAGAAGAAAAUGAGUUGUCGAUUAACCAGUCAAAUGCUUUUGAAGAGCCGGCAUCUGGCACAGUCACACCUAGCAGCGAUAGAAAUUCCACUACAUUAGAGAUAGCGGAGAAGAACUCAAAGGUGCUAGAGAGUUCUUGUGAUGACAGCUUUUCUUCUCAGCAUGAUGUUUCUGCAGAUGUCGUAUCAUCUGACCAUUCGUACAUCAGUGAGAAACCAAAUGAUGAGGAAGAAAAAGGGGCUUCUGAAGAGAAAGAGGGUUCUGUCAGUUCUGAAACUGUUGUGGAGGCAGUUUCAGCUAACUCUGAAACUGUUUGUGGGUCAUCAGAUGAGUCUUCAGUAGCUCCUCUGGAUAAUACACAUUCACACAGUCUUGAGAAUCAGGAGACUGCACAGUUGAAGAACCAUGCUGAACAGGAGGAGAAACCAGUAAAAGAGGAGGAAGGAGAUGCACAGACACAGAUGGAGGAGGACAGCAGAGCAAGUUCUGGGCAGUUGUAUAGCCAACAAGAGCAAGAUAUACAGCUGAAGAUCAAGGAGGAGCAAGGAGAGACUGAACUGUUUGAGAACAGCCAAGAAUUCCAGGGUAAUGCUGCACAGCCAGAUAUGGAACAGAGCGAGUACAAGGGCUCUAUAGAAGUGGAAAACAUAGGAGAGAAAACAAGAAGUAGGUCUGAAAUUGCUUCUGUAAAAGAACAGGAUAAUGCUUUAGGAGAAGAGCAUACAGUUGAUACAGAGGAAAGCAAAGGAAACAUAGCUAGACAGGAGGGCAGCAACAGCAAAGAACAAGGUGCUUGUGAUUCUCUGGAAGAAAUGAAAACAGGCCAUGACAUUCUAACACAUGUUAACAGUUCUUGGAGCAAAAUAUCUAGCAUUGUACCCCCUUUGGAAAACAGAAGUGAAGUGGAUAACAAGGCUGAUACAUCAGAGAAAAGUGACUUCCUGACAGCACCAGAACAGAGGGCACACAAAAAGGGUUACAUGCCCACUAUUGAUAUAACUGCUGAUGAUAUGGAAGAGGAUGAAGAGGAAGAUGAGGAGGAGGAAGAAGAGGAUGAAAAAACUGAUGAUUCUGCUGAUGAGAUGCUGGAUGGUGCUUCUGACUUCGCAAGUGAAGAGGAAGUAGAUGUUGAAAAAGUGGAUGCGUGCGAAUACAGAGAGGAUGACGAGCAGGUGGACAUUGAGACCGUGGAGGAGCUUUCAGAGAAGAUUAACAUUGCCCGUCUGAAGGCCACAGCUGCUCAUAUCGAACCCUCCGACCAGAAAUACCAUCUUCCUAAUUCUUCGGAUGAAACAUUAUCAGAAAAACAUUCAAAGCAGAAGCAUCAAACCUGGAAAAGGAAGCUGAAGUCCCAGGCAGAAGCCUUUGCUCAUUACCGCCAGACACACACGGCAAAUGAGCGUCGACGACGUAAUGAAAUGAGAGGUCUCUUUGACAAGCUGAAGAGAGUUUUGGGGCUGCUGAACCUUCCCAAGGUCUCCAAAUGCUACAUUCUCAAGCAGGCUUUUGAAGAAAUCCAAGGACUGACAGAUCAGGCAGAUAAGUUUAUUGGACAGAAGACGUUACUGACACGCAAACGGGACGGUCUGAUUCGAAAAGUAUCCACGCUCUCAGGAAAGACAGAAGAGGUUGUCCUGAAGAAGCUGGAAUAUAUUUAUGCUAAACAAAAAGCAAUAGAAGCACAAAAAAAGAAGAAAGAACCUGAGCCACAGAAAUCAGCUGCAGCCUCCACUGCUAGCACCCAGCAAGAAGGAUCCUCUGCUGCCCCCAGAGAGCCAGCCCCGAUAGCGAUGACAAGCAGAAGGGGCAAGCCACUGAUACUUGCCAGGAGAGGAGGCCGGGCCACAGAGGACUCCUCAGCCUCUCUCACACUCACGGCUGCAAGCGUAGUGAUGACUCCACAGGGGCAGGUGCUUACUCUGAAGAGCCCCCUGGUCCCAGGGCAGGUGGCAGCUGUUCCUUCCACACUGUUGCAGGCUGAAUUAAAGCCUCGAGGGGUUGGUACUGCCAUGACAACACAGCCAGGUAUUACUUCUGUGAUGAUUCAACUGCCAGGAUCAACAGUUCCUGUCCAAGUAAAAGGAAUCCUUACUAACUCUACCAUUCCUAUUACACUGUCAACUGUUGCUGAAAAUCCAGUGCCCUCAGCAGUGGUAUCAGCUACAGCACCCCAUUCAGAAAGCGAAGAUUCAUUCAUGAUGCCAAAGAUUGUUAAUGUAACGUCACUGGCUGCGGAAGCAGGCAUGAAUCUAAACCUGAACCGAAACAAAAACUCUAAUGCAACAGCAGCUGCAGGCAGUCCAGCUUCUGAGCAAUCCUUGGCUGUAGCACCCCUUGAAACUACAAAUAGUGGCAACAUCCUUUCAGAAGAAAAAGCCAAACCAGGUCUGGGAGACAGUGGCGGAGAUGGAAGAAAUACCACAGGUCCAACAAAAGUUUUCUUUGAAAAUAAAGAUGCCCUUCCACAACUCUGGAACAUAUCACGUACAAAGGAACCUCCAGAGUCCUUCAGUAAAAAGCUCUGCAUUGGUGAGUUUGUAGGAAACCAAGCCAGGAGGAAAGAUGGUGAUUCUGGAGGGGAAAGAUUAAAAUCCAAAGAAUUAUCAUUCCGCAAGCUGCAGAUCAAAGAUUCCAGGAUAGAAAUGGAAUUGAGGAAAGUAGCAUCGGCAAUGGAGGAAGCAGACCUGGAUACAAGUGAGAUACUGAGCAGCAUUGAGGAGAGUGAUGACACUGAUGAAACCCUCACUUCUCUGCUCAAUGAAAUCGCCUUCCUCAACCAGCAGCUGAAUGAUGAUGCCUCAUCCAUGUCAGAGCUGCCUGGUGCCCUCAGCUCAGAUUUCUCUCAUAAAGAUGCAGAAGCUUGUCGGGGAACAGCCAGUGAUCUCUCCACUGCAGAUGGGUCUUCCUUCCAGUUUGGCCAUUUGGGAAGCAGUUUCAAGGACCUUUCUGAAGUUCCAGAGAGUGGUGGCUCUUUAAGCCCCCUUCUGCUACACCUGGAAGAUGAUGACCUUAGUGAUGGGGACAAGAACUCCGGGGAGCCUUCAUCUGAAGCAGAUGUCUUAAAGAUAGUGAUAGGUACUGAAAUGAAGAAUCCCCUUUCCAAUCUGUCUGUAACCAGUGGUGGGAAUGGCAAAACAGUAACAACCUUGUCAGAUGCUGCUAGUGUGACUCCACCAGUUUUGCAGAUGAAGACUAAUCCAGAAGCCAGUAAUGCUGACACGUCAUGGAGGCCCAUGCCCAAGCUGGCACCACUUGGUUUAAAAGUGGCAAGUCUGCCAGUGGACUCAGAAGGGCAGAGUAAUAAAGUGAUGCCCUUACUGGCACCUGUAGUUGCAAAACUGGCACCUAGUGGGGCAAAAAAUUCAUUACCUGCAACUCUUCAAGAAGGACAGGAUAACAAAGUAAUGCCCACAUUAGCACCUGUGGUUGCAAAGUUGAAUACUGCUGGGACCUUGCCUUCAAAUUCAGCAGGCAAAUAAGUGCAGAUAUUUUUUUAUCAGACUGGAACAGAGAUCUAGAGCAGUGUGAGCCAGUGUCAUUGUUCAGCAGCCUCCUUUGUCUGCAAUACUUGUUUUCUGUAUAGCAUCAGCACUGUGUUCAUCUGAGGGGCAGGCCCCAAAAUGUCAAAUAAGUGUUAGGAAACUUUAAGCAUGUUGAUGUAUUUUUACCUCACUGUUGUAUUCUGGGUGUUCUCCUUCCCCUUCUCAAGACAGCAAAGACGAUCUAUAACCAUUGCUGGGCACAUGGUAUCCUUCCAAAAUUGGGUUCUUCACAGAAAUAGUUUGUCAAGGGACUGAGAAACUGAGGCUGUUGAAAGGAGAUUUUUUUUUUUCUCUCCCCAGUAGGGAGGCAGCUGUCUUGUUGGGGGAAAAAAUAUGGAUUAUUUGGUUUUUUUACCAGGCAAAUUAUCUAUGCAGAAAUGGCAUUGUUCACAUUUGCUUGUUUUAAUAUUUGCAGAAUAUGAUAAAUAUGCAGAAAUCAGGUUGUAGUUACUCUCAAAGUUGAUACCUAGAGCAGCAGAAGGGAAAUCUGAGACUGCAGAGGACUGAAGUGAAAAGGCUUUUUCUUUGGUGCUAGAUAGUUCUCUAGCAGAAACUUUCUAAGAGCUUAUGCUUAUGCAGAAAAUUUUAAUAAACAUUUAUAGCUCUCACUGCUUGGGGAAGAAAAAUACAUUUCCCAAUGUAAUUAGAAGGAGGACAGUAUCUUAACUUUAAUAAUACUGUCCUCACUCUCACCUUCUGCCCCCAUACAAAUACUUCCCCCUUUGAUGCUUAGGACAUCUGUAAAGAAAAAUUGCAGAGAGUCGAAAGAAAAUGUGGGCACCCUAUUGCUACAUCUUUAAAUACGUUGCUGAAGUAGCUCAAGUGUUCUCCCAGGUCCUGUUUUCUUUCUUUCUGUCAUUCUUCAAGAUGUAUGAGGUGACUGGGAAUGUUAAUACCAGGUAUUGCUUUGUGAAAACGCAGAAUGCUUUCAGGAGUCUUGUAGCCUGGCGUAAGUGAGCGAGGUGUACAUGUGAAUGUAAAUAUGAAAAUAUGUGUAUAGCUUUCCAAACCUUUCAUUUCUUUAUAAAUUCAGGAAAGGUACUCAGAGGUUUCUCACUGCAUUUGCACAAGCUGUGUAUAGCAAAAAAGUCAACAAAAAUGCUCAUUACCAGGGAAAUAGGGCAGUAUUGAAUCACAAGAUGUAUUUUUUAUUCUUCUCUGCCACUGCUUACUCAAUAACCUGUAGAUGUUCUUCACUGUUCAACUGUUGAACUGUGAGGGGCCUGCAGACUGUAAAGAUAUUUAUAUUUUUGUACACAAUUUCUGUUUUCAUAGUUUUCUUGAAAAAUGAAGUUUUCAGCCUCGGAGAGAUGAUUUGUUAAUGAGUGUAUACACAAUCUUUUCCUAUCAAGUUUGUAAAUAUAAGUUACGGUGCGCUUGGGGGGCUUCUUAACUGCUCCAAAAAGGUAAAAAACGUUGCCAUGAAAAUUGAAACUUAUACAAAAUUUCAAUGGUGCAUUUUUUUUUAUGUUUAGGAAUGUAAUUCCAUGUCUUAACUGUUCCAGCAGCAGCAGCUGGGAUUACCUUCUGCCCUCCAAAUUCCCCAUCUUUGGUGAUGCAGUAAUCCAGGAAUUUCAUCCUUCCAGCACUGAGGUUGUGCAGGUGUUGUGAGUGCUGUUCUUCCACAGUGAGGGAGCAGUGUCUGUACAACCAUCUGCCCUGUUCAGUACGCUGCAUCUUCUGGAUCCCUGUCUAGGUUAGAUCCAUCGGGGAAUAGACAUACCUUGGGUGUUUCCUCAUCUUCUUUUCACUUAUAUUAUGCCACAGAGGAGAGAAGCCCUUCAAGCUCAGUGUGUGUAAAGUUACUCCAGAGACUACAUAAAAAAGAUUUUUCACUUGGCCAUUCUAAACAGUGUGUUUAAAAGUAGUUUCAAACAACUCUCUAUUGCCUUUUGCAUAUUUACUACUGUAGUAUUUCAUGCAAGUCUCAUAUUAGUGAUUUGGAAAAGAGAGUUUAGGUCAUUGUGAGAGUCCUGCAGGGUCUUAGAGUUGUUACUUACUGCCUUAGGAAAUGGGAUUUACAAUCCCAGUAAGUACUUAGACAAACAUUGCUUAUUAUUAAGGAUUUUAACCUUAUUUUAAACUAGUAGAAAUCUGGAGUAACUAAAUUAUUUUACUAGUACUACAUCAGACUUAAAUUAUUAUUCUACCUGGGAAUCUGGUUCUGAGCAUUUCCAAUAGGCUGAAGCUGCUUAUUUUUUAACUUGUGGCCGUUUGUUUUGCCAAUAGAUUUCAUUCCUCCUGUGCAAGAAACAGCAACAAGACUUGUGCUAUCAUUACUUUUAAAUUCCUAAUUUAAUUAAUGCCUAACAACUAGCCCUUGUUUCUGCACCUCACUUUUUUAUGGUUCCAAACAGCCAAUUUUAAUUAGCACACACAGAACUGUGUGCUCUCUGUGGGACAGAGAAGUCGAUAACAUGAUAACUGAUCAUGUAUGAUCUAAAAGAAAUGCUGUAUUUUUAAAGGAUGUUCUGUUUAUUAUCUGGUAGCAUAAAAUUUCUGGAUGUGAAUUUACUGUUUGGCACUGGGCAGUAAAAGAAUUUUACUGCAGUAAAAAUGUAAAGAUGUCAAGAUGACAGCAAAACCUUUUGGUCCCUAAAUGUAAUUAGUAAGUUAACUAAGAACAGUCCCCCCAGUCUGGCUGUAAAAGGCGGCAUUUGGUGUGGUUCCAAGAUCUUUGAUGGGUUCUACCAGCCAACAAAGCAUGUUUGAAAUGCUCUUGGGUUUUGCCCGUUUCACUGUCUCAUGUCUGCAGCACAAUAUUUUGCUGUGAAUUUAAAUGCUGACUCUUUGCUCUUCCCUUAACCUCCCAAACAUUAAAAAAUUACAUAUGCUGUCAUUUGAGGCAAUAAUCAUAGAAUAUGACACCUAAUGAGAAGAUUCUGGAAACAGGAGAACCAAGGAAACCCCUGCCAGGCGCACGCUCUCGCUUGACCAAGAGACCUGGAGAUUUUCUUUGUUUUUUUACACAUCUGUAAAUAGACUGGAAUGUUUUUAAGAAUAUAAUGAAAUGUCAGAUUUAGCUUUUUUCCUUUUAUAUAUUAAAAUAUAUCUUUCCCUCUUUUUUGCUUUUGAAAAAUUGAUAUUUUUGUAGAAAUCUAACAGUACAAGACUCUUAACUGUAUGUGAGAGACAAAGUGUAAAACUAAAAUAAACCAAUCAAGGUCAACUAGAAA